AUGGAUCCACAGAGCCAAACCACUUCUCUACAACGACUCCAAAAUGUUGAAAAGAUAAUAGUAAGGGUGUUGGAACUAGCCGGAGGAGUGAUGGAUGAAAUGGCGAGCCCGAGCGGUCCCAGAAAGGAACUAGUUAACAAUCACUGUAGUGAGUUCAUGAAAUUUAUCAAGGACAUUCAGGUGACCCUGCGAGAGGAAAUCAAAAGUGCUUGCGAGUAUCGUCCAUUUGAGAAGUGUGACUAUGUUCCAAGAAUAUCUAACGAGAUUUGUUAUAAGAAACUGGAAUAUGUUAUUGCUCAAUUAGAUGAGAUGAAGCAAACAAUUGAGGGAUAUCGCAAUGCAGCUUGA